UUUUAUCAAGAUUCUUGUUGAUAAAAUAACGCUUUUAGUAACGUGUGCUAAGUUUUCCCUUUUUGUCCCUAGAUGGCGUAACAAAUCGCAUCCAAGAUGGCGGCGGUCUCCUCCAACGUGCAUCUACAGGACUCCAGAAUUAAAAUCCAAGAAAGCGAUGACGAACCUUAUUCUCCCAACACCAGAGACACUACUAGCCCAGAAUACCAUGACGAUGAAAAGCAAGAAGAAAGAAACAUACACACAUCCUCUUUUUCCAUACAGAACGUGCUAAAGAAAGAGAGGGACAGCAACAGCCCAGAGAAUGUCUUCUCGACAGACAAGUUGCUUCAAAGCACGCCCAAUUACGAAGACAAUGUAGAAAGUUCUAGAAAUUCUGCCAGCGUUAGCCCGCAACUGGAUGAUGAUGAUAGAACAAAUGACACAAGAGCUGAAAUCAGUGUAGACGAUAAUUCCUGUUGUAGCGACGACACAGUUUUGUCGGUGGGUAAUGAGGCUCCCAUGUCCAGUUUUGAGGGGGAAAAAUCCCAAGAUGAACAAGGACUGACCUCUUUUAAACAUAUACAGACACAUCUCAACGCUAUAUCACAGUUGAGCCAAAAUUUGAAUAUAAACCAGCCGUUGUUAUUAAGACCUAGUCCAAUUACCCCAAAUCCGCUCAUGUUCCUUAAUCAACCUAUGAUAUUCCAGAACCCUUUGAUCAACCAGGUUGAUCUGAAGUCAGGAAUUAACGGACUGAAUAGGAUGACAGCGCCGCAGUCAAAUGUAAAUGUGAAUCAGCAAUACGCCCUAAAUUUCGGUGUUCGCAAAACGCAAACUCAAGAAUUAAGGAACACAAGAACUGAUGAAAACAGGAGACUGAAUUAUCCGAAAUCUCCUGAAGAAUCUAGAGAUUUCAUAAAUCAGAAUUGUCUCAAAUUUAGCAUAGAUAAUAUUUUGAAAGCUGAUUUCGGGAGGCGUAUCACUGAUCCGCUGAAUAAGAGGAAAAAUUUGAAAGCUAGACAGUUUGAGAGUAAGGCUGUUAAAGAUGUUUCUGUGAUUGGAUGCAGUGUACCCAAACCGGAAGUGGAGUCUAGAGUGCCGGAAGUGAAGCCGUCGGAGAAGGGAGGGGCGAUAGAUUUGUCGAAAGGGGAGGAUAGUGGGAGUAACCAAAGUUCUGCCACAGGCACCACGACAAGCGGCGACGGUCCCAUGGUGUGGCCCGCGUGGGUCUACUGUACCAGGUACAGUGACCGGCCCAGUUCCGGUGAGUAUUCUUUGUUAUCAUUGAUUUACAAUCGUCAACUGUUAAGGAAUAAGUUUAGAAAUUUAGUGUGA